CGCUCUUGAGUUGGAGCUGUCGGUUGGCCGCGAGGUGUCUGGAUCCUGCUUACCAAGGCAUCUGCAAGUCGAAAUGUCGCACCCGUCCCCCCAAGCUAAGCCCUCUAACCUCAGUAACCCCCGAGUCUUCUUUGACGUAGACAUCGGAGGGGAGCGAGUUGGUCGAAUUGUCUUAGAGUUGUUUGCAGACAUUGUACCCAAAACUGCAGAAAAUUUUCGUGCAUUGUGUACAGGAGAAAAAGGCAUUGGACCCACAACUGGGAAACCACUCCAUUUCAAAGGAUGCCCUUUCCAUCGAAUUAUUAAGAAAUUUAUGAUUCAGGGUGGAGACUUCUCAAAUCAGAAUGGGACAGGUGGAGAAAGUAUAUAUGGUGAAAAAUUUGAAGAUGAAAGUUUCUACUAUAAGCAUGAUCGUGAGGGUUUAUUGAGCAUGGCAAAUGCAGGCUGCAAUACAAAUGGUUCUCAGUUCUUUAUUACAACAGUUCCAACUCCUCAUUUGGAUGGGAAACAUGUGGUGUUUGGCCAAGUAAUUAAAGGGAUAGGUGUGGCAAGGAUACUGGAAAAUGUAGAAGUGAAAGGUGAAAAACCUGCCAAGUUGUGUGUUAUUGCAGAAUGUGGAGAAUUGAAGGAAGGGGAUGAUUGGGGAAUAUUCCCAAAAGAUGGCUCUGGUGAUAGUCAUCCAGAUUUCCCUGAGGAUGCAGAUAUAGAUUUAAAAGAUGUAGAUAAAAUUUUAUUAAUAACAGAAGACUUAAAAAACAUUGGAAAUACUUUUUUCAAAUCCCAGAACUGGGAGAUGGCCAUUAAAAAAUAUGCAAAAGUUUUAAGAUAUUUGGAUGGUUCAAAGGUUGUUAUGGAGAAUGCAGAAAGAUCCAAGCUACAACCUGUAGCUUUAAGCUGUGUACUGAAUAUUGGUGCUUGUAAACUGAAGAUGUCAGAUUGGCAGGGAGCAAUCGACAGUUGUUUGGAGGCUCUUGAAAUAGACCCAUCAAAUACCAAAGCCCUGUACCGCAGAGCUCAAGGAUGGCAAGGAUUAAAAGAAUAUGAUCAAGCAUUGGCUGAUCUUAAGAAAGCUCAGGAGAUAGCACCAGAAGAUAAAGGUGAGUUGGAAGGCUUUUGCAGUGACAGUUCAUUUUGUCCUUUAAAAAUUUAUCCUCAUGAACCAUUGUACACUUUGCCAGAUAUUAUUUGUUCAACAAAUGUUACAGCAUGCCUGUCAGUAGGUCAGACAUUGAUCAUAUAGCAAUGAACACCUGCCCUCAAAGAGCUUACAUUCUAGUCCCCCUCAAGAAUGUGUUAGUUUAUCAUGUGUCUGAUUACUGUUUGUUCUAUAUAUCAUUUAUAUAUCUAUAAACCUGGUUCUGGUUGAAAGCGCAGUACUAAAAAAUACAGUAUUCAUGCCAAAUUUAACGUUUGGGAUCAUUCCUUGUACUGAAUGUGGCCAUAACCUAGUGUUCUAGCUACUGGAUAUAAUGUUUCAGGAAGGCUAUUUCAAAAAUAAGCUUUUUUCUUUUCUCUUUUUUUUUUUUUGGUGGCUGGCUGGUAUAGGGAUUAAACCCUGGACCGUGGUGUUAUCAGCACCAUUUUCUAACCAACUGAGCUAACUGGCCAGCCCUUUUGUUUUUUAAAUAAGCCAACUGUGCAUAGUGACACUAGAUCUAGAUACUUAAAAAUUAUCUUUGGUUUCUUACUGCUAAAAUAAAACAAGGGAGGCAUUUACUGCCCUCUCUAAUGGUGAGGGAGAAGGCAACUCUUUUAUAUAAUUGAGUUCUCUCAGUUGACAGUUUUCUCAAGUUAUGCUUCAUGAUUUUUGUUUUUGUGUGAUUGCUCUUUCUUAAAAGAGUAGAAUUUUCUGUUAAUAGGGCUCAGUUAU